AUGAAUAAGUGGCUCUUUGGUAGCCGCAAGAGCGGCACCCAACAAUCAACAAAUGUAUACAAUGACGUGAAGGCGGGUUUACAGGCAAUGUAUAAGAAAUAUUUAUUGCCAAUUGAAUCUGAAUUUAAAUACCAACAAUUUUAUUCUCCUCUUCUUACUGAUGGAGAUUUUGCUGCUAAGCCUAUGGUUAUGGUAUUAGGCCAGUACUCUACAGGAAAGACAACCUUCGUCCAACAUUUAUUAGAGAGAGAUUAUCCAGGCCUAAGAAUUGGCCCUGAGCCUACAACAGAUAAAUUUGUUGCUAUUAUGGAGGGUCCUAUGGAUCAGGUGAUUCCUGGUAAUACAGCAGUGGUGGAUCCAACUAAACCCUUCAGCCAACUCUCUAAUUUCGGCAACAUUUUCUUGCAGAGGGUUUCUAUUGACUAA